AUGACGGUUCCGCCAUUGCUGUCCUGCGUCAAGCAAGACGACUACCCUGUUGACACCUGGGGGGCACUCAGCUUCAGCCACGCCAACGUUUUCGAUGCCGACCAGAUUCCUCCGCACGAAGUUCGGAGUUUUGCUGUGGAACUGCAAGACCAAGUUCUCCGACGCUGUGAAGAGGAGAAGGAUUUGGAUUGGGGGAUAUCUAGCCUCUUCAUCUUAGCCAAGUUUACCGAGGGUCCUCAUAAAAUGCGUUUCAACGGCACGCUUGCGCACCGUGACAGUGGUCAACGGCAUUCAAUUCGACAACACUCAGAUCCAGCAGGCACUCAAAGCGCUGAUGAAGUUAAAGGACGAAUCAGACCUGAUUGUCCCUUGUCGGUGAAGUGCGCCCACUGCGUCUUUCGCCACCUUUCGGUUCUCGCCACCGCCGAGUACAAGUCCUUUGCGGUCCACAGGACUCUCAUCAACGAGUACGAAACUCGAGUCCAUGAGGCCAAGUUCCGGUUGUUGAAGGACAUCAUCGAGGGCAAGACGAGGGUGGAGUGCACUGCGAGCAGCCAGUACACCCCUACUGCCAGCACACCUACGCCAUUGAACACUUCUGUGAUGGAUGUUCGCGACCGAAACAGAACCAAGUGGCAAGACGUUCUGUCCACCGUCGCCGUUCUCAACCUCCCAACCCAGAGAGCGUUUGUUCCUCGGUGUGCACCACCGCAGAAUAUCGCAGUCACGACAGUGGAUUGGGAAACCAUCCAGCUGUCCGAGGAGAAGGAGGAAACAAUUGCAACGGCAGUGUUUUACCAGGACGCGCUGGAGAAGACCAGAGUCGGACUGGCUCAGGAAGUCUGCUAUCUUUCGCAAACGGCCGAACUUUGUGGCGGCAACUUUGGUGUGGCUGUCAUCGGCCAUAAAUUCGCUCGAAUGGUGGCCAUCCAGCCCAACCGCAUUGCCAUCGAGUACGGUACCAAGGAAGAUUCCGGCCCCACUAUGGUAACCAACUUGAGGCACUUCUUCCGCAUCAACAGAGAACUUUACGACUGCCUUCCUCACACGUUCAUUGAAGUUCGGAACGGCCCAACCGCUCUGCAAAUCAUCAAGGACGACGGUCAAGACAACCUGAAUUUGGAGAACAAGGCGAUCAAUCAAGAUGCUCUUCAGCGUUACCUCAACCUGUUUGCCGCUGCUCAGCUCUCCAUCGGCCAUCGUGCGCUCUCUGACCACCUCGUCAAUGGCCAGUACACUCCCGGUGGUCCCUUGCACCACGAGCUUUAUUCACUCGCCACUGUCGAGUUUGAGGAAGAGAAGGAAACAGCAGUACUCGUAGCCACCGCUCGCGGCGACAAGGACGAGGACUCUGAGGAGGACUCGGACGACUCCACAGUGUCCUCACCUGAUCUUCACACGCCUCACCGCAAGGAUGGCAACGAUGAAGGAGGCGCACCCGGAGGUUGGGGUGCAGGAACCAGCAAGGACAACGGGUAUCAAGGCCCUGGUGGUGCAGGUGGAGGCCACAACGGCGGUGACGAGACUGAGGAGCGCAACAACAGUCCUCAUUAUGACGACUACGACGGUCCCAUCGACUGUGAAGCCUGUGACCCUGAUGCGCCAGACCUCGAGGACAUGGUUGAGGUUCUCGAAACCAUCGGAAUGGAACUCAUCCUCGUGUCGCUGGCCUUCAUGGAUGAGCUGCUGGUCGAGAUGGCUACCGCUACGGCGUAUUUCGCAGCAGAGACCAAGGCUGAAGUGACGGUUGGGCCUAAUCGCAAGAGCAUGGUCAUCGCCACCGACAGGGCCGACAAGAUCCCCAGGCGGAAGGGUCGGGGCAGUGACGAGUCGGCCGCGUCCCAUCAGUCCACCACGUCUGAGCCUCAACCGCCCAGUGCAGGUUCAAGUGGCACCACAGCUUCUUCUGCCUCGUUGCAGACUCCAGAGAAAGGCGAUGUUCGCACCAACAUGGAUGGCGCAGGUUCCUCGCCUACCAGACAAUCUGGUAAUAGCAAGGUUGCAGAUGCAGACACGCUGGCGGGGCACGACAGCGCCAGAAUGCUGGAUAUGUAA